UGAUGACCAUAAUCUCAUUUGGCAGCAAAGCGGAGAAACUCCUCUCAGCGCCCUGCACACGUUUAACCCUCGAACGCGGGAAAGGAGGAAGAAAGGCAAAAGGUUUCCACCUCUGUGAGCAGGAUGGGCAACACCAAGAGCAGCGCUUUGUCCAAGGAGCUCCUGGAGGAACUGAAGUCCAACACCAAAUACAGCGAAGCCGAGCUCUGCACCUGGUACCAGUCCUUCCUGAAGGAGUGUCCCAGCGGGAAGAUCACCAAGGAGCAGUUUGAAGGCAUCUAUGCCAGCUUCUUCCCGGGCGCGGACCCCACCGCUUACGCGCGGCAUGUUUUCAGGAGUUUCGACUCGAAUGCAGACGGCACCUUGGACUUUAAGGAGUACAUUGUGGCUCUGCACCUCACCUCCGGAGGAAAGACUCUGCAGAAGCUGGAGUGGGCCUUUGCCCUGUACGACGUGGACGGCAAUGGAACCAUCAGCAAAAACGAAAUCCAGGAGAUCGUUAGGUCGAUAUUCAACAUGAUUCCCGCAGAGGACCAGGAGAAACUCCCUGAAGAUGAGAACACUCCUGAGAAGAGGGCCGAGAAGGUCUGGGCGUUUUUUGGAAAGAAGGAAAACGAUAAAAUCACGGAGGGAGAGUUUAUUCAGGGCGUGAUGGACAACAAGGACAUCCUGCGUUUGAUACAAUACGACGAACCUCAGAGGAUCAAAGACAAGCUGAAGGAAAAGAAGCAAUAAUGCAGAAGCUUAAAUCGCAUCUUUUAGUGAUUUAAGACUGUUAAUGACCGUUGUGUUUUUGUUUACCUGGUUAAUUUGUCUGUUGGAGCAAAGUCUUUUGUUUUGCAAACGCUAUUUUGGUUUCUAGCUGAACCAAUGAAAUGAUCACAACCAAAUAGCAGCUGAACAGCUUACAUGCUUCGGUCCGGGUAAUUAACAUGGGGCAGCCUUUAAAUGAAGUUAAUGUGAGAGCUUUUAUAUAGGAACCUUUAUAUAAGAGCUUGUACAAACUUUGUAGUUUAUUAUGUCCUUAGCGAUUCCCUUUGUGUAUCUUAACAACCUGGCCAGGUUUAGUGUUUGUCCGCCAGCCACAACGUCACCAGCCAAUUACUCUCUCCGGUCGGACAGCUUUGUGUUUUUUCACACUUUGGUUUGUUUCAUUAGCCUAAUUGAGAAAAAGUCAGAACAGGAGCUCCUUAUGUGGGGAAUUAGGCUCAGGUUAAUAGUCCGCCUGUAUCAAGCAAUCCUAUUAAAAGCUGAAGGUCAGUUGAGACACUGGUGCAUUAGCGUAUGUGCUACUGAGUCCAGUGAGGAUAAUAGGGGCUUGACACGGAGGAACGACACCUUGCUUGAUUGUGUUCAUCUAUUUCUAUUUGACUGAGUUUUUUCUUCUGUUCACGAUUAAAACACAUGUUAUAAAAGCAGACAUUUAGUGACAGAAAGGAUAAAAGUAUGUCCAAACUGUGGCCCCUGUAUUGAUUCUGAGUGCCCCCACCCCCCCACACUGCAUUUCAAAAAAGAUUUGGUCCACCAGCACAGGUGGCUGAUGC